GUUCCAGAUGAGGGUAGAGGUCAUCAGAAGUUUCGCGGGAAAUUGUGACGCUGGUUCUGCGGUGUGAACCCUUGAUCUACUGUAAGUUGUGUUAGAACUGCCAACAUGCCGCGGCGGUUCAGGAGAUGGGGAAACUUCAGAGGAGGAGGAGGAGGAGGCUGGAGGAAGAAGAAAUCUCGUAGUUCUCACUCCUUCUCCAGAGGUCCGACCUACAGCGCGAGCACCGCCAGCCUCCGCGACCUGAGGUUAUCCCAGGUCAUCCAGGACCUCACCAACGACGCCAUUGACACGGCAACCGUUGCCAUGGGAGACGACGACCUGGACCACGAGGUUCUCAUCGGCACUCUGCGAGGGAACAUCGUGGGGAUCAGGUACUACAGGGGAGAGGUAAACAGAAAUGAGAUGGUAUCGCUUGUGCGAGAGCCGCGGAACCCGUAUGACAGUAACGCGGUGCGCGUGGAUAACGUGAUGGGCGUGCAGGUCGGACACAUCAAGCGUGAACUGGCGCGACCUUUGGCCUACAUCGUGGACCAGGGGCUGGCAAGGGUCGAGGGUGUGGUUCCUCAUGGAGCCAUGAAUAUCUUCACCAUGCCAGUGGACCUGAGUUUCUGGGGUCGUCCGGAGAAAAGAGAGGCCACAAUCAAGAAACUGGAGUAUCACGGUUACAAGAUCAAACCCCCUCCUGGUGCAGGGGGGUCUGGGGCCAACAGGGGGGUUGCCGGUGCUGGAGGAGGGAGGGAGGGGGCUGGACCCUCCUACAUGGACCGUGUUCUGAUGUCAGCAGUUCAGAUGACGCAGGCUGAGAUGAAGAACGAGUUGGAUCAGCUGUUUGAAAAUAUCCAGGAGUCGGACCAGACGGCUGAGAUAGAACCCUGUCAGUCGAUCCGGACGUCGUUGUUCCCGCACCAGAAGCAGGCGCUGGCCUGGAUGGCGCGCAGGGAAAACUCCAACGAGCUGCCACCGUUCUGGGAGGAGCGAGGCACGAACAAGUUCUUCAACUCCGUCACCAACUUUACAUCCACAAGGCGACCACAGAGCGUGCGUGGAGGUAUCCUGGCAGACGACAUGGGCCUGGGGAAAACCCUGGUGGUGAUCUCCCUCAUCCUGAGCAACUUCCACAGUGGGAAGCCUCUGGUCCUGCCACAGGAGGGGGCAACCAUCACAACUAAGGGAAAAUCCAUUAAAGCCAGAACGGGAGGUGCCAAAGGCACCAACAGGAAGAAGGCGGUGAACAGAGGAAAGAGAGAAAAGUUUGUGGUGGAGUCUGACAGUGAAGAGGAGGACUCAGACACAGAGUCGGAGGAAAGCAGCUCAGGAGAGUCGGAGUCGGACAGUCCGGUUUCCGACGGCGACGUGGUUGCCAUGACGACGGCCGAGGAUCCGGAGUACGCGCCGAAGCUGAAGCUGACCCGAGCCAAGACGGCGCCGCCCGUGGUGUCCCCCAACAUCCGGUCACGACCCUCCAGGUCCACCCGUAAGCCAGUGAGGUACACCUUCAGUAGUGAGGAGGAGGGAAUGAGUGAGGAGGAAACACCCAGGAAGAAAGCCAAGAUGUCCUCUGCUGUUCCUGACAAUCAGGCCAAGAAGGGCGGCAAGUCUACAAGUAAGACGAAAGGGAAAGGCAAGGGGAAAGGCAAGUCUCAGAAGACGUCAAAGGGAAAGUGCACAGUUUCUGAAGACGUUGUGGACCUGACAGUUUCUCCUCCAGUCGAGGGGACCAGCCAGCCUCAGACUGACAGUCAGGAAGACGAGGAUGAGCUCCCCGACCUGCCCUGUUUGGAGAAGCCCACGCCAGGCAAGAAGAGCUCUGGGAAGGCAGCAGCCUCAGGUCAGGAAGCCCCGACAGGUGGAGGUAGGACAGAGGCCGACGGACCUCGACCGACACUGGUGGUGUGUCCACUGUCGGUGCUCAGUAACUGGAUUGACCAGUUAGAAGAACACAUCCACCCAAAUGUGGACCUGCACAUCUACACGUACUAUGGGCCUGAUCGGACCAAGGACCCUGCAGAACUGGAGCAGCAAGAUGUGGUCCUCACUACCUACCAGAUGUUGGCUAUGGAUGCUAAGGGAAAAGGUGGCCCCCUGCAGCAGGUGCAGUGGCUGAGGGUCGUGUUAGACGAAGGUCACACCAUCCGUAACCCUGCAGCGCAGCAGAGUAAAGCAGCGUUCGCACUGAAGGCUGACAGGACAUGGGUGCUCACAGGCACUCCGAUCCAGAACUCGAUGAAGGACCUGUGGUCGGUGGUGUGUUUCCUGAAGGUGGAGCCCUUCACAGACAGACAGUGGUGGCGGCGAACCAUCGAGAGACCGGUCGGGCUGGGGGACCAGAGCGCACUCAAACGGCUGCAGAGGCUGAUGGGAAACCUGGCCAUGCGCCGCACUAAGACGCAGCAGGUUGAUGGAAAACCCCUCGUGAGCCUCCCGCCUCGGACCGUGUUUAUCCAGCACGUAGAAAUGUCACCUGACGAGCGGGACGUGUACGACGCCAUGGCAACGGAGGGCAAGGUCAUGGUCGGCAGGUACUUCCGUGAAGGUUCUGUGCUGACCCACUACGCAGAUGUGCUGGCCGUCCUGCUGAGACUUCGGCAGCUCUGCUGUCAUCCCUCGCUGGUGGCACACGCUCUACAGACCCUCACAGAUGGCGUAGAGUCCAGCACGAGCACAGAGCUGCGGGAGAAGCUGGUUUCUGUGCUGAAGGCGGUUCUGAGUUCCGGCGCAGACGAGGAGUGCUGCGUGUGUCUGGACUCCCUCCGCCUGCCGGUCAUCACGCACUGCGCACACGUGUUCUGCCGGGAGUGCAUCUGUACCGUCAUCAGGAACGAACGGCCGAACGCCCACUGUCCGCUGUGCCGAGGGGAUGUCGCAGUAGAGCAGCUGGUGGAAGUGCCACCUGAGGAGGGGGGGCUGGAGCAGGGGGGGUCCGAGCAGGAGGGGCCCUGGCAGAGCAGCUCAAAGGUUGAUGCGGUACUGCAGUGUCUGGAGAAGGUGAGGAAAGAAGACCCGACAGUCAAGAGCCUGGUCGUCUCCCAGUUUACCUCGUUCCUCAACAUCCUGGAGUUCCCCCUCAGGGAAGCGGGUUUCGAGUUUGUUCGUCUGGAUGGGAGCAUGACUCAGCAGAAAAGGACGGACGCCAUCGCACAGUUUCACCUGGAGGGACCCGAGGCUCCCACGGUCAUGCUUCUGUCCCUGAAGGCAGGAGGGCUGGGGCUGAACCUGAAGGCUGCUUCACGUGUGUUUCUACUGGACCCCGCCUGGAACCCUGCGGCUGAGGAGCAGUGCUUCGAUCGCUGCCAUCGGCUGGGGCAGACUAAGGAGGUCAUCAUCACCAAGUUCAUAAUGAAGGAUUCUGUGGAGGAGAGGAUGCUGGAACUGCAGGAUAAGAAACGGAAACUGAUGGAGGGAGCUUUCAGCAAGAAGGAGAGCAGCGAACAGCGGAGACAAGCACGCAUCAACGACAUCAAAACUCUCAUGAGCAUCUAGAACUGUUAGUAC